AUGAAUAUCUAUCAAAACUACACGUCACGCGAGCAUGACAGACGACAUCUCUCAAAGACACAACCACUAACUAGUCCAUUUAAGCUCCGUCCAUUGCUGGGACAAUUCGAUAUCUUUGGAGCCCAUGACCUGAUCACCAAACAGUUAUCUCAUUGGAAAACCAUUUUCCCCAAUGCGGCAUUUUUCGCUGGCGAAGACCACUUCUUUGGCCCUGUCAUCACCAUGGUGUACAAGAACGAAGCUACUAGUAAGUUAAGUAGUGUUUCCAUCACCAAGUUCGGGUCCAAUGUGUUUGAGAAUCUCAUGUUGGAUUCCGGUUCCAGAUUUUGGCCUGCUUGCGACAACUUGAACCCAGAGCACAAGGAUUCCAACGUCAGAAAAGCCUUGGCCAUCACAAACUUGAAAAACUACAACAAAUUGUGGAGAAACAAAGGGCAGGUGCCAGUGACUCUGCAUUGGGACGAAACAAACGCAGGGUCAUUGGCCAGUAAAAUGGAGGUGUUGGUGGGUCGUACGCCGGAAGAGAUUGGCGAACAGCUUCUCCUGUUGGGCCUCUUGCAAGACCAUUCCAUCUCUAGCAGCGUCGUGGACGUGGUAUACAACAAUAAAACACCCCUCAAUACCUCCAAAACAGUCGAGGACAACAACACUAUAGUUACGCUUUUAGGCGAACAAGUCAACCAUCUUUUUGAUCCACUUCUUGAGUAUUCUCAUCAAACUUUGGACUACGAAUACAUGCCUCCUCAGGACCCUACGUUGCCCAUGUUGCAUAACAACAAGAUUGUGACUGCCAUCCUUAAAGAGUUGCUUGAUGUUCAAACUCAUUUCACAAUGGAUCUCGUGUGUAUCUUGCAGGACUUCAUCAUUCCCUUGCGUGCCGAUGCCCUCAGUACGUCUCCUACGUCAACUUUAGGAAUUUCAAAAGUCAAUCUGGUAUUUCCUCCUACGAUUGAUGAGAUUACAAGAGUCAAUUGCAUUACCCAUGAUGCAUUGUCAAGAGCUCAGCAAUAUGGGUACAUGGAAGUGUUUAAAGUGCUCUCCGUGAUGUUGCCAUACUUCUACAACGCAUUUGUCAGACACCAGGCCAACUUGUCUAAGUUUCACUCCCACUACUCCAAGUUUGUUCAUCACAACCACGAUCAUGUGUUUGAAUCUAAGGAAAUUAAUAAGGGCAAUUACACGGUGCGUGGCAUUGAAACUGUCAUUUCUGGCUCCAUCUUUGAGCUACCGCGAAUGAAGUUGAUCAUAAAGAGAUUAUAUGAAAAUAUUGGUAAGGAAAGGGCAUUGGAUGAAAGCUUGGUAGGUUUGAAAGAUACUGAAACUGAACCUCUCACCAAAUACUACGAGGUACUCAUGGAGAUCAUCGAUUCGUUUGGCUAUAACGAAACGGAAGUUCCCAAGAGUAAGCAGAGAGUCUUCACACCUUCUGGAAAGUUACUUACCGAACUUGCAACUGGAUGGCCCAUAGAACUUCAGUACGGAUGGAUGGAUAGAAAGGUGGUUGGGAUAUAUCAACUCACUAAUGUCUUGAAUCAAUAUUCGGAGCAUCCCGUUAAUGAGGUGUUGAUCAUUUUCUCUGAUCACUUACUAUUCAUUGAAAUUGUGGAAAAGUCCAACCAUAAAUCGGCGCUUCUGUUGCCUGAAGUGUUAAUGAACUCGUUGAUCAAUGCGAAACCUCUUCCAAAGUUUUCUCACUUCCCCGAUCUUAGAGUGAAGUAUUGGUGUGACAUCGACAAUUUGGCAGUUCGGUCAUAUGAGGCAGAUGAUCACCAUUAUCUCAAUUUUACCACUUAUGGCACGAACAAUUUCCGAGACAAAGAUGGCUUCAAGAGUCUGAAUGUUCAAAACUACCAAUUAUCCUCAGGUGCAGAUGGUUUAUCAAAGUCUCAAAAGGUCAUGGAUCUCAUCAGUAAGGCUCAGGUCUUGAGCAAAUCUGUGCCUUUCCAUCUUUUCAAGAACAGCGAUACACAUCUCGGAACCUAUUUCUGUGCUCAUGACCAAGAAGACUACGAAUCUGAGGAGUCAAGGUCUCCUAUUGUGAUUCUUCUUAAUAUGGACGCGGAAGCUGUCAAAAAGAUCUUCACAUUCAGCAAAUCAGCAUAUUUUGUCUAUAAUGUCAUCUUGCUUAACGCCCAUACCCUCCAGUUGACUGGAUAUACUCGUCACAACAUAGAUCAUUCUGAAGUGGACGAGAUUGUUUCAAUUGAUGACUUCAACGGUACAUUGAUUGAGUCACUUUACCAGUCUUUUGAAGCAAUGUUCAGAUCCAGUUACUUGUCUCCAGUUCUCACAGCGUCCAAUUUGUUCUUCAUCAACUACAUCAUCGCUGGACACGAUGAAGAAGAAUUGGAACAACUCGAGGAGCCUAAAACAGAAGGUCUAUCAAGAAGCACUGAUUUCGGCAAUGAGAUUGGAAUAGACAGAUAUCCAGAGACAGCAAUUCCAAAUACUGAAAAUCUCACAGCUGAGGUAGAGCCCUCUGUUGAGCGAAGAUCUAUCGAAGAUAAUCUGAGAAACAUCCCUAAAAGACGCAAGUCCUUAUUACAUGUGUUGUUCGGAAAAAUGAAGAAAAAUCACAGGUCGGAGGAACCUAUCGUGAGCACCGGCGUAAAAUCCAAGAAUUCAGCACAGAAGAAUAUACCCGACACGAUGAUUCCUCGGGGACGCAAGCUGGUCUACAAGAAAUUGUACACCCCAGCACCAGAGUUGCGUGAAGUUUCAGCAGUGAGUACCGAUAUUGAAUCACCAGCACCAACCAAUCUCUCACCGGUUCCAAUUCAAUGGGACAACACUGAAAAUGCCACAAUUGGAGAGGAAAAUGUCAUUACUCAAGUUGCUGGCAAGGAAAGCGGAAUUCAAACGGAAAGUGAGAUGCCAAUUCCUGUCAUGCCCAGUUCAUUGGAGUCUAACACGGGCUUGCAAGCUCGUAAUGUUUCAACUAACACUAAUGCGUCUUCCAAAUACACCGAAAAAUCAUUGGAUGUCCAGUCAAACUUUGCCUUCCCAGCUAGAGGACCGGGGCUUUCAAAGGACCAUCAAGAAUCAACAGCACAACCCAAUAGAAAUUCAGACAUUCCAAGAAUGUUUCCUGUACUGAAAGCUACUAACGAGUUGGAAAUUGAUUCUGGUAUGCUGUCGGAGGUUGAGAUGAAGUUACAAACCGAGAGUGGAUGGGAAAAAUUCACCCACGGGAUACCCCCACUGGAAGCAACAUCUGUGAAACGCAUGUCUUCUGUGAAUUCGUCAGCUACUGUCAGACGCCAGGAGCCUCUCGCAGAAACACAGAAAUGGAAACCAGCAACUGGAACAUUGAAGAUUAAUGAAAACUUAGAGCCUGAACCGAAUACUCAAAAGCAAAGAAUAAUCUCAAGCCAAGAUAUCGCCAUGGCACUUGAAAAUAUCAAUGCAUCGGGUAUAUUGCCAGAAGUGUACGAGAAGUACAAACAAUACGAAGUGGUGCCAGUAAGCACCUUUUAUAAUGAUGGAGAGAAGAACUGGGUUGCAUAUAUCAGAGACAACUCGUCCAAUCUCCAGGAGGAAAUCAAAGCCAUGAAGGAGGAGGCGAACAUGGACACUGUGGAUGUGAUUGACAUCGGGACUCACUUGUCUAUGGUCCCGCAAGCCCAACAAUUUGAUUCUUCUGAUGCCACGUUCUCUUCCAUGGAGUAUGGAACGUUUGUUCAACAGGAGGAACCAUCGUCCUCUUACUACAGUGUCGUAAAAACUGGUAUUCCUGACUACAUGGUGAGUCUUCCCAAACAUGACUCGUUACAAUCGUUUAAUUCGGAGUUUCUCAAUAGUUUUGGUAAGAGGCUCGAAGAAGAUUUCCACUUACUGUCCAAUGGGCCAAGUCGUGAACCCACCUUCUCAAAUGACGACUUUGAAAUUGUCAGAUCUCAAAUUGAUAUCUCUUCUGAAGGACAGGCCGACAUUUCUGAGAGGUCCUUUCCCGUAAUCGAGGAGGGACUGAAUUCGAAGGGAUCCUCAUCCGACAAGGGCACGCAGCAGUUGAACAUGAGUCUUGGAACACCAAACUUGAGCUCGGAUGAUGAAUAUUUCUCAUCCAGUGAAUUCUCUACGGCACUUGAGUUUUUCAACCAAAAACCCGUUGAUACCGAGGACCAUGCCACGUUGACUUCAUCAUCUAGCGAUAGAACUCUCAUGAAUGACAAGCUCAAUACCAAAGGAGAUAAUUUUGCACUCAGGCUCGACUCCGUUGCCUACUUGUCAGACUUCCUCAACGGUACAGUGAAAUUCUAA